AUGCCGCCGUCUGUUCAGCCACAACAGCCGGCCCAGCAGUCCGAGUCGACGACAUCACAACACCCCCAGAAGAAACGCAUCCGCGCCGUUGUCGCCUGCAGCCACUGCCGCAGCAAGCGGUCCAAAUGCGACGGCAUCCCAGGCCAGCGCACGUGCGCGCAGUGCCAGCAGCGCGGCAUCGCGUGCGAAAUGUCCGACGGCAAACGCAACCGCGGGCACUACAAGCCGCAGGCCGAAGCGCUGGCCAAGCGGGUGCGGCUGCUCGAAGAGGCCCUGGCCGAAGCGCGGGCCGCAAACCACGCCCUGUUGCGGCAGCAGCAGCUGAACCACGGCCAGCGCCGCAGUCACAGUUACAGUCGCAGUCACAAUCAACCGCCACACGUCCAACAAUUCUCCGCGUGGGAGCAAAUGGACUUGGAGAUGGAUGACGGCGCAUCCGUGGCGCCGCUGUCUAUCUUUGCCAUGCCCAACGACGCUGACAUCGACGCAUACAGCACGAUGCUGUCCGUCGCCAACAAUAACAACAACACCGCCACCAACACCACAACCAUGGCCAAGUCGCAGGUGCCGCCAUCGUCGAUGCCACCGCCGCCCGCCCACAAUUUUUACAUGCCCAACACGGUGUACGCACCGUCGUACACGUCGUCGUACACGUCGUCGCACAUGGUGAACCAGAGUGCGAGCAACGUGAUUCUUGGCGGCGGUCGCGAGCGCGCUCUGUCGCAUCCAUCGCAAGCCCCAUCCUGUGCGCCCUCGCACGCACAGAUACUCGCCCCAAGUCAUGAACAGGGUCAGGGCCACGACCACAGUAUUUCCUUGCCGCGCGCCACCGUUGAGCGAACAGCACCGGCUGCCACCACGGCUGCCGUCGCGGCCACGUUUGCUGCAGCUGUAGCCGCCGCGCCGUUCCCGACGGUACGGCCCCGCGCUGCCUGCUGCGACAACCUGGGCCUGUCGCCGCCGCUCGUCGACUACCUGCUGGGCCUCUUCUUCCACCGCUACCAGAUGAUGAUGAAGUUUGUGUCGCAACAAGACUUUAUGACGCUGCACCAGACCAGCAACGGCAGCCGGCCAAAGUCGGCGGACAAUGAUUUCUACGACAGCAUCGACGACGACCCCAGCAGCGGGCCCGUCCACCGCAAAGACUGCUGCCACAAGCACCGCAGCGCGCUCUUCUUGGCCAUGCUGGCGGCGGGUCUGCGCUACUCGACGCGCCCGGACGUCACAGACCGCUUCCUGCGUCCAGACGGCGAGAACCGGCUGGCGACGGCGGCACGCCGCGCCGUCGAGACCGACGUCGGGCGCCCGACGCUCGCGACGGUCCAGACGGUCUUGAUUCUGUGCGAGGUCGAGACGAGCCUCGACGACCAGAUGACGGGCUACAUGUACUCGUGCCUGGCGUCCAAGCUCAUCCUGGAGAUGGGGCUCGACCUGGGAGCGGCCUCGAGCAGCCGUGCCCUAACCGCCGAAGAGACUGCCAUCCGGCACUGGCUCAUCUGGGCCGCGUCGGUGCACGACCAGUUCUGGGCCGUGUUUUUGCGCCGGCCGCUCGCCAUUAAAAACCUCACCCUGCAGCUGUCGCGUCUGGCGUGGCAAUUUGCCGUCGGGGGCACCAGCUCGUCCAGCACGAUGCCGUCGUCGGACGCCAGCAGCGUCGCGGGCCACGGCGAAGACGAUCUGCGCGCGCCGUCGAGCUUCGAAGACGAGGUCAACGACGACUUGAUGGACCUCAUGGAGCUGGCGCGCCAGAUGACCGACGAGCUGUACGGCGCCGGCAGUCCUUUCCAGAACCGCCCGGCGGCAGCCGUUGCCGCGGAGGCCGAGGCUGCCGCUGCCACCGCCGCCGCCGCCGCGGCUGCAUCCACUUCUUCCGCUGCGGAGUUACCGUAUGACGGCGGCGGGCUCCCGCACGCCUAUCACCAGCAUGCCGCCCAGCGCCACGCGCACAGCCAACGGCCCGACGUGGCCAGCCUCGAUGCCCGCCUCAACCAGUGGUUCAACAGUCUGUCGGAACGCGUGCGCCAGGGGCCCGUCCGCGGCCACGACUGCUACCACUUUCUGUUUGUGCUGCACCUGCACUUCAACGCCACCAAGAUCAUUGUGCACCGCACCCGCGCCUUUCCGCCUCAGAAAACCCGCGGCGCGCCGAGCGGCUACCCCCUGCCGUCGCCCAACAUGCCAUCGCCGUCCCGUCGCGCGUCGAACGGUCGUCACCACGCCCAUCCGCACAACCACAACCCCCCGGGCGACUACGCCGCCGCCGCGAGCAUGGCCACGCUGGGCCACGCGUCCAUUUGCAUGGCCAAGCUGUUUGAGACGUUCCGGCGGCGCGAAGACAUUCGCACGCUGCAGUGCACCGGCGUGCAGUGGGCCGCCAUGGCGUCCGAGGCGCUGACCUGGUACAUUGAGACGCUGCCGAUGGACGGCGCCAUCGAGGCCGUCGCCCACCUGCAGUCGCUGCGCCGCACCCUCAAGGACAUGACGCGCACGUUCCUGCCGGCCGUCUACCCCUACGGCCGCACAAACCGCGCGCUUCUCCAGUUCCAGCGGCGCAUAGACGGCGCCGAGUCGCCACCGCCAGUCGCCGUCAAAGGCAAAAGGGGGGGGCCGGCACAACCGGCGCAGGCGACGCCACUGCAGACGUCGGCUCCACCCCCACCCGCGUUCGAAACGGUCAUGGCAUCGCAGGCGUACGCCCGACAGGACACGCAGCAGAGCACGCAGCAGAGCAUGCAGCAGAGCAUGCACCAGGAUUUGCACCACGCAGUGUUCCACCGCCUCGACGAGACGGCGUCCACGGUGCCAUCAGUGCCGGACCUGUCGACGGCCGACACGACGGUGAGUACGGGCGCUGGCCCUCAGGCACAACAUGCACCGCCGUCGCUGUUUGAGGCCGACGGCCGUGUCUCGGUCGUCUCCCUAGAAGCUGUCAAGGAGCUCGAGCAGCGACCUCCACUACAGCUAACCCAACACGAACAGCAACCGCACCCCACCAUUGGCGGCAUGCCUGCGGCAGGGACCUGGUCAGACCAAGAUCCCUGGGACUGGGAUGAUUUGUUGGAGAGAGGGUAG